AUGUCCGCUCCUGCACCGCUUGAUGCGGAAACUAGCUCCAGCUCCGCCGCCGACGACCACAUCUCUCUGCCUCUGUCGCCCGGUUCGCUUGUCGGUAUACGUACACCAAAUGCCCAAGAUGAAGACCUAGAGAGAAAUGCAGCCGCAGUCCUGCCUGCACCAUCGGAGAACCUGUGCAACAAUUUCUUCCUACAUGUUGUUGACAUGCCAUUCGACGGUAGUGACCCUACGGACGUCUUUCUUGCUAAGGAUCCUGCAAAGGACAUCAGCACAUCGUUGCGAACUCUGGGGCAACAUCCAGAACAUGUCACAAGAAUCUUUGACUACACCAUUGACAAAGAAUUAAUUCCCCCAGAAUACGAGGGCCCAAUUCGGCAAAGUUUGAUCGGGCAUAUCGCCGACGCAUACGGAAAGAUUCAUGGUGACCUGGAAUUGAUGACCAGCAGCAGCGAUAGCACAUACGAAUCGGGUUUUCCAGCGACAGAUAUUGACGCCAUAUGCUCGCAGCUAAAUCAAAAAUUGACGUCUAAUCGGUUGGAUAGGAUCCGGACUCGGACCACACUCUGCCGUGACGAGGUCAGUGGUCAGCUCCAAGCCAGGAACUCUUCCUUCUGCUGCGUUGAAGUCGAGGGAAAUCGCCUCCUCGUGAUGAUAGUGAACUAUAGCAAGGCGUCGUUUACGUUUUCAUCCCGAGCGAAAACCUUCAAUUUCUCGAACCCCCGUCUCAAAGACCGACUUCUAUCCCGCCAAGGGUGGGCCAGGCUGGUAACGGGGGCACCGAAGAUAUGUGCAGCCGCCCUCACUCCGGACUUUCUCCUCACGUCUGUGCACAUGCAACCCGCGAGAUCCUUUGAUUAUUUUGAAAUAAAUAGGGAACGGCGUCAGCUUCUCCCUAUGUUCUUGGGUAUCCCUCAUGCUUACAAAAAAAUUCUCCGCGGGUCGGACGCGGAAGUCGCCUACCAGCCUCAAACAUGUGCGGGGAUUCUACAAGACGUGCAGGACGUUACAGAGGCGAUUCUUUUCCUCCUCACUGUUCUCAACCUAGUCUCGUCUGGUAGUCAGAUCAACUUCGAGAGCAUUCAUAGAAUGCAAUAUCUGAAGAUCAGGGAGAUAUGCUCCCAACGCCGCCUCAAUUGCGAGAGAAGAAUCGAGCGGAUCAGUCGAACCCUGGAAACGCGGAACAAGCUUCUGAGCAUGCGCGAAUCCACGAGUGUGAAGAGGUUGACAAUCCUCGCGGCAAUAUUUCUCCCUGCGUCUCUGGCCUCGUCCUUUCUCAGCAUGUCGACAAGGUUUCACGAGCUCGGCCCCAUCCUCUUUGACUGGCUGGGCGGCUUCGUCCUCAUCAGUUCGGUCACCGUUGUCGUGUACUUUGCCGUCAAGGUGAUAUUGCACCUCAGAUCCAAAGGCUGGCGGGUAUACCGGCCACGAAGGGCUUAUUGGGCCAUCGGCGGCAAGUUGGAUAACGGUCUGGAGAAGCUGGGUGCGAGGGUAUCGGCCGCUCUCCAGCUCUCAUUGCACCUGUCUAUCUGGGCCCUCGUUUUGGCCUCCUUUAUUUUGGGCAUGUUUCGGAGCAUCAGUCUUGGUAAUGAAGUUUUGUUCUAUGGUGAUCCGAGUGAUGAGGAGGAUGACAAGGGGUUAAAUGCAAGGCUGUAA